AUGCGCGCCAAAGCCCGGUGCCGGUGUGGCGUAGCAGCCACCCUCGCACUCUGCGCGAUUUCCCUGGUAGGGCCAAGAGGCUUCUCAUGGCCCGUUGCGGCGGAAGAGCUGCCGCCGGUGCCCACCAAACAGAAGGCUCCUGAACCCAAGGGCUUGGAAGUGGUGGGCUUGGAAGUUAAGUUGGCCAACGGCCGGAAGAAAGUGCAGGUUGGGGAUCUGGUUUCGGGCUUCGUCAGGGAUGUCUGGCGCAGCUUUGUCUUCGUUGAUAUUGGCACGGAGCGGGAUGCCCGGCUCGAGUUGAGCGAAAUCGAAGAUGGUUUCCCUGGAAGGGCCCUCAAGGCGAUCUUCAUAAGGCAGCAUCGGGUGGAAUCACGUGUUCUAGAGGUGGGAGAGAACGGCGCGAUCUUUCUCACGCAACGUUCCGGGGAUCUCACCCGACCUCCCCGUCUUCAGAAGCAGGACGUGAACCGGGAUCCAGAGAUGCUGGAGAAACUGCCGACAGGCAUCACGUUCCAAGGCCAAGUCGCGGAUUUCCUUCCGACAGGAGUAUUUGUUCAUGUCUUCAGACAUCCGGACGAGAAGCCGCUGUUGGGCUUUCUCCCCAUGUUCCUGUUCGCACCAGGGUUUGACCGCAUCGCCGUACGGGGACUAAGAAUCGAGGUCCAGAAGAAAGGCUUCGAUCCUGACAAAGGUCUCCUUCUGACUAUGCAGACUAAGUGA